UCGGAAGUUACGUCACGCGUGACGUUCCCUUAGCCCUUUAGUGCAGCAUGGCGCCGCUCUUGGUCCCGCUGAAAUGUGGGUUUCACAUUCAAAGGCGUAAGUUAUCGCUUUUACUACAGCAGAGCAGCACUUUUCACGCAUGGAGCCAUCACGACCACAGAGGGGCGAGUAAACGGAAACACCGGAGCACGUAUCAGCUAUCAAGUCCAAACCUAGCAUCAUCGACAUGGGCUGUCAACAGAGGUCACAACAGUCGACAGAUCCUGGAAACAGUAAAAGUAUUCCAGCAUCUACAGGUCCUAGAGAGACAGUGCUGGCAUGGACAUGCAGGAGGAGGACUCAACGCAGAUCCAAAAAAUGUGCUCAAGGAAGUGAACUCAACGAAGAUUCUGGGAGCAAUGAUGACGUAUGUUUGGCCCAAAGACCGACCAGACCUCCGAGCACGUGUGGCCAUAUCACUGGGGCUGCUUGCUGGAGCCAAGAUAACCAAUGUGACGGUGCCCUUUAUGUUUAAAUAUGCGGUGGAUGGCCUCAACCAGAUGUCAGGACACAUGUUGAACCUGAGCGAUGCGCCAAACACGGUGGCAACCAUGGCAACGACUAUUUUGAUUGGCUACGGCGUGUCCCGGGCUGGAGCAGCGCUCUUCAAUGAGCUGAGGAACGCUGUGUUUGGAAAAGUGGCUCAGAGCUCUAUCAGAAGAAUAGCUAAGAACGUCUUUCUCCAUCUUCAUAACCUGGAUCUUGGUUUCCACCUGAGCAGACAGACAGGAGCGCUGUCGAAGGCCAUUGACCGCGGGACGCGAGGAAUCAGCUUUGUUCUCAGCGCUCUCGUCUUUAACCUGGGACCCACUCUGUUUGAGAUGCUUCUGGUCAGCGGCAUUUUGUAUUAUAAAUGCGGGGGUCAGUUUGCGCUGGUCACUCUGGGAACGCUGUCAGCGUACACCGCAUUCACAAUCGCUGUUACACAAUGGAGGACGCGGUUCAGGAUAGAGAUGAAUAAGGCAGAUAAUGAAGCUGGAAAUGCCGCGAUUGACUCUCUUCUUAAUUAUGAAACUGUUAAGUAUUUCAACAAUGAGAGGUAUGAGGCCGAGCGGUAUGAUGGUUUUCUGAAGGUGUAUGAAUCGUCGUCUCUGAAGACUACCACUACUCUGGCCAUGCUGAACUUUGGUCAGAGCGCCAUCUUCAGCGUCGGCCUCACCGCUAUUAUGGUGCUCGCAAGCAAAGGCAUAAUGGCAGGAACGAUGACAGUGGGAGAUUUAGUUAUGGUGAAUGGGCUGCUGUUUCAGCUCUCUAUGCCGCUCAACUUCCUGGGCACCGUGUACAGAGAGACCAGACAGGCCCUCAUUGACAUGAACACACUCUUCACACUUCUUAGUGUGGACACUAAGAUUAAGGAGAAAGACAUGGCCCCUUCAUUGCUUGUUAGACCCCAGGAAGCCACCAUCAGGUUUGAAGAUGUGUAUUUUGAGUAUUUGGAGGGACAAAAGGUGCUUAACGGGGUUUCAUUUGAAGUCCCUGCUGGGAAAAAGGUGGCUAUUGUUGGUGGCAGUGGAUCUGGGAAGAGCACAAUUGUCAGAUUGCUCUUUCGUUUCUACGAGCCACAGCAAGGCAACAUCUACAUCGCUGGCCAGAACAUUCGUGAUGUUGGUUUGGAGAGUUUGAGGAAAGCUUUGGGUGUCGUACCACAGGAUGCUGUGCUUUUCCACAAUACCAUAUUUUACAAUCUGCAAUAUGGCAACAUCAAUGCCACAGCGGAGGAAGUGUACCAAGUGGCCAGACUUGCUGGAAUCCAUGAUGCCAUUCUGAAAAUGCCUCAUGGGUAUGAAACACAGGUUGGAGAACGAGGUCUGAAGCUCUCAGGUGGAGAGAAGCAGCGUGUGGCCAUUGCACGGGCGAUCCUAAAGAAUCCUCCCAUUUUGCUUUAUGACGAGGCCACGUCUUCACUGGACUCCAUCACCGAGGAAAAUAUUCUGAGUUCCAUGAAGCAGAUGGUGAAGGACAGAACAUCUGUCUUUAUCGCUCACCGGCUGUCCACCAUCGUGGAUGCAGAUGAGAUUAUUGUACUAAAUCAGGGGAAGGUGGCAGAACGCGGUGAUCAUCACACACUACUGAACACACCAGGCAGCCUGUACGCUGAUCUGUGGAACACACAAAACAGCAAAAUACUGAAUAACGGCAAUAAGCCUGAGCCCACAGCCGAGCGGCGCUCACAGAAAGAGGAGGAACGCAAGAAACUGCAGGAGGAGAUCAUGAACAGUGUGAAGGGCUGCGGGAACUGCUCCUGUUGAGACUGAUGGAAGCUUCCACACGCACACAGCACCAUCAUGCCCAGACCUGCCUCACUUGCCAUCCACCAGCCCUUGACAUGACCGGCUAGAGGUGUCCAUGACUGAUGACCACUGCUGAGCUUCAGGAAAUUGUCCUGUGUCCAACAGUUAUGACAGCUGGGGUCAAGAGUAUAAUUUAGUCUUGUUUAUUAAUCUGAGAGGGUUGUUAUCCCACUGCAUGAAACAUGUCAAGAACAUGCCCAUGCAGGUCACAAUGUUCAUAAAGAAAAUGAAGGCAUUUUUUCAUGGAGUUUGGCAUUCUGACUAUAUUUUUGGUAAGCACAUUUCCCCACCAAAUUCUCACUACUGUAAUGCAUCCAUACGUUGUACUUUUGUUUUUGUUUUUUGGUCAUUCUCAAUGAUUCUCAUUGAUUGUCACAAUCAAAAAUACUCAUUUUUAAAAAUGUCUAUUAAAAUCUGCAUAAAUUAAAGGGAGCACCACAAGUAUUAUAAAUGCUUUAUAAGUACAAUUAAGAUGUAAUUUUAAUUUGCAUUGCAGUAAUGAACAUUUUGGGGAAAAUAUGUUUGUGUCAUUAAAAUGUCACAAUGCAAAAACAUCCAAAAAUAGGCUUCAUUUUCUUUGGGCAAAAUAUAAUUUCUAAUUUUCAUUUGAUUUUGGGGUGAAAUAUCACUAAGACAUGUUCUUAACCUUGAAAUUCACCUGCGAAUGGGAUUUCUGCAAUUUUUCCAUAACCACAAGGGCCCAUGCCAUGAAAUGCCUUUUUCACGUGUUAUCAGGGUGAUUCAAACCUUGUUUUAAAUUAUUUGUCUGUGUAAUUGGGAACUCUUGUUAGCUGUUUUUAUUAUGGAUAUGUACAUAUUACUGUUACAAUAUAUUGGUCUAUAAAAUUGCAGAGGAUCACAAUGUAUAGGAGCAUACUUUUCAUCAGAUAGAUCAUUUGUCUGUUAGAAUAUGUUAGUUGUGUCUUGACCAUUUUGAAAAGUUGUGUUAAUAUCGGCACCUUUGGUGCAUCAUUAGAUUUGGAGAUUUGAGUUUGAUGAAGACUUUAACACAAACAUUCAAUUAUACCAAAUGCUCAAUCUGAAUGAGACAUUAUUACAAGUACAUUUGACAAUUUUUUAUUAAAUAAACUUGCUUCAUUAAGUGAUUUUGACCAUGAGUGAAUCGACCUUAUUUGGAUUGUCCAGAACUUUACAUGAUUCAGGCCACAGUAUGUACAUGGACAUCAUUCAAGAUACGAUAUUCCAAGCUGCAAGUCAUUAUUUGAUGAGAUGUUUUGGACACUGAAUGUAAAGAUGAAUAAGUUGAAAGGAUUUCUGCAGUUUUUUUUUAAUUCAUUUGUACGUUUAUGAUGAACGAGGUGAAUUUGGUAAAUAAAUACAUAAAAACAAAAUGCAUUAAUAAUGCCAUUGAUACAUUUAAUACGCCCUAUUUUAUGACAUAUUUUUACAUUCUGAAUUUUAAUUAAUUUAGACAUGUGUGGCUUAAAGGGGUCAUGACAUGCCUUUUUUGUACCUUGAGGUUCACUUAAGUUUUUUUUGCACAAAAAUAAUUCAUAUAUUUCUAAAACAUGAUAAUUUUCCAUUCUUAUUCUGACCCUCUCCCAGAAGCACUCCGGUUUGGUGCUGGUUCUCCUUUAAGACUUGACAGUAAACACCCUCUGUUAUUAUUGGCUGGCUGCUCUCUGUCCUUGCCAUCUCACUACUCACAGAGUAAACUCCUGUAGAACCUCAUGACUGCAUGUCAAGGUUUUAAACAUAUAAUUUAAUUUUACUUUUUUAUGAUAUUGCAAUACAAGUUCAGAUUGUCAAAUGGUAUGACUCUAAUAAAACUUAAUAUAAAAAAAUCCAUGAUAUUUGCCAAAUAUAAUUGGUACAAAGUGAGGUAAAACACAGUGUGUGUAAUCUAUAUUUAUCUAAUAAAAGUUAAUAAUUUUUACUUGAUAAUUUCACCACUUUAUUUUAAUGAGAACUGGGUAUUAAAAUGUGUGUAACUGGCAUGAAAAUAAUGCCAUCAUGUAAAAAUUAUUUUUUUCUAUUUGCAAAUCAUAAUUUCUCUUGAUUUUCAAGUGAAAUAGGACUAGGACAUUUUCUAGACAGGUUUCGUGAGAAUCCCAUGACAAAUGAGUUUCCUUUUCAUCAUCUUGGGCAUCCUUGUUUGUCAUUUACCCAAAUACAACAAAAACAAAAUUCCAAACCAAUAAAUGUAUUUUUAACCCUUUAAA